AUCGAUUGAGUCGUCUUCGUAUUAAACGAUCUUUGGUAGACUUCGCUCUUCUGCCGUCCUGUCCAGAAAACAGCCGCAGAAGAAGAAAGUUUCCCGCCGUGGGUUUGUUGUUAAACCUUGGCUCUUUCCUUUUUUAUCGUUUCUAGUUAAAAACACAUUUUACAAACCAUGAGACGAACCAGAAGUUCGAGAAACACCAGCCAGAAGAACGCUGCAGAAAACAGAGACGUCAAYACCAAAACAGUUUGGCAGUGGGAAGGCGAUGAAGGACAGUGGGAGUCGUACCCGCCCUCCGCCUGUGCCUUGCUGGAUUCGACCGCCUCUUCGGGGAAGACGUCGGUCACGCUGACUCUCGGCUCGGGGACGGCGUACGAAAUUAACCUGAAGAAGAUGGUUCAGAUUAAUCCUGUGACCAARUACAAAAGAAAGAUUCGAUCGCAGACGGUUAAAGCUGAAAAUUCAAGUGAAGCUCUUGGCGAAGCUCAACCUGCUCGAGCUAAAGAGGAAGAGGAGGAGGAAGAGACUGAACAGCAGCCAGUGGCUAAGAAGAGACGAGGACAAAGCAGGAGUGAAACAAAAAAAGAGAUGCCUGAAGAGGAAGUAAAAAGUGAAGAGGUGGUGAGGACGGUGGUGAUGAAGGGCAAAGCUCCGGUGGACCCUGAAUGCAAAACCAAACUUGGAAAGGAGGAGAACCAAACCGCAGUGGAUGCUGCGCCCAAAAGGAAGCCAUCCACGCUGCACACAAAGGUUCAGUCUCUCCUGGAGCUCAUCUGUGACCUGAAAGCCAUGGAGGAGUGCGUGCUGGAGAUGAAGUUCGACACCAAGAAAGCUCCUCUCGGGAAGCUGACCCAGGAGCAGAUCCGGGCCGGCUACGCAGCCCUGAAGAAGAUCGAGGACUGUCUGAAGAAGAAGGGCGGCAGUCGGGAGCUGCUGGAAGCCUGCAACCAGUUUUACACCCGCAUCCCCCAUGACUUUGGGUUGAAAACUCCUCCAGUCAUCCGCACAGAAGAGGAGCUGAAGGAAAAAAUCGCUCUGUUGGAGGCGCUGAGUGACAUCCAGAUCGCAGUGAAAAUGGUCCAGUCCAACACAGAGAGUGAUGAACAUCCUUUGGACCGGCAGUACCACUCCCUACAGUGCAAACUGCAGCCUCUGGACUCCACCAGCCAUGAGUACCAGGUGGUGGAGAAGUAUCUGCAGACCUCUCACGCCCCAACCCACUGCGACUACACCAUGACCGUCCUCGACGUCUUCUCUGUGGACAGAGACGAGGAGAGCAACAGCUUCCUCUCACAGUUACACAACAGGACUCUGCUGUGGCACGGUUCCCGCCUCUCCAACUGGGUCGGCAUCCUCAGUAAGGGCCUCCGAGUGGCCCCGCCCGAGGCCCCCGUUACUGGUUACAUGUUUGGUAAAGGUAUCUACUUUGCUGACAUGUCGUCAAAAAGUGCCAACUACUGUUUUGCCAACCAGAGCAACCACAUCGGACUUCUGCUUCUGUGUGAGGUGGCCCUGGGAGACUGUAACGAGCUGCUGGACGCUGACUAUGAGGCCAAUAAUCUGCCAGCAGGAAAACACAGCACCAAGGGUCUGGGUCAAACUGGACCUGACCUUAAAAACACUGUUCAACUGAAUGGCGCCACGGUUCCGAUGGGUCCCCCGGUGAAAACAGGAGUGGGCAGAACCAACGGUUACUCCCUCCUCUACAAUGAGUUCAUAGUUUAUAAUCCGGCUCAGGUUCGGAUGAAGUACCUGCUGCGGGUCCGGUUCAACUACUCCUCUCUAUGGUGAAAACUGUCAGACUGUGUGAAAUCUGGGAUCCUCUCCUGUUUGAUAUUUAUGGACUUUUUUUUUAUUUUUAUUUUUUGAGGGGGAUGAGCUGUGAGUUUUGAACACUCCACUGUUGCUUGGCAGAUAACAGAAAUAUUUAAUCCCACUGCAACUCAUAAAUUAUUACUGUUUACUGGUGGAAGAAGAAUCUGCCUUUCAGAGUGGCUGCUAUUUUUGUAUCUCAGACUGAAAAUUCUGUGAAAGUACAGUUUAGCCUCAUAUUUCACCUUAAAAUAAUUGUAAUAAAUUUGAAUUUUCCAUGAUUAAACAUGAACACUAAGCUUUUUAAAUAGUGUCUUAGUCCAACCCAAGGUAUUUGUUUGUGGAUUUACCAGUUUUGAGAUAAAAUUUGAUGUAUUAUUGCCAGAAAGAGGUCUUUCAAAUUAAAAUGGGAGGAAGUGAACCCAACUGAGUUUUUUUAAAGAGGAAAAUCUGACUUUUAACUUGGUAUAAAAAUGAUCUUUAAUGCAUUUGUUCUUCCGUAAAACAGCCUCUAGACCACCAGGAGUUUUCAGAGUGUGUUUCAGACUCUUAUUGUGAAGGAUUGAAAUGAGUUUUGCUGCAGAGGAAGCAAUAAACAGUAGUUAAUCCUGAAAAAUGUUCCCAUGUCUUUUAGAAUAAUUUAUUUUGAAUUGUCAACUUUUAUCUCAAAAUCUUCCUCUCUUUUUUUUUCUCGGAGCAGCCAUAAAACUUGUUCUGUCUUAGUUAAAUAACWGUUUUCUACCAAAUUUGGUGCAUUUUUAUCACAACAAGUUCAUUUGUCAUUUAAAUCAUAAAAAAUGUUUAAGAUUGUUAAGCAUAUAUGAGGCAAAUGUAAUCCAUCUUUUUUACUGUUUCUGUGUUUUUAUUUUUUAUUAAUUUUCUCACAUCCUUGUGAUGUUGGACUCUGUUUAUUUCUUGUUCAAUGGACCAAAAAUCUACAAGUUUAUUUUACAGGAAAUGAAGAAGAAAACAUGUUGAAGUUUUUGCACUACUUUGUGUUCAAGUUGCUCUGCGUGGUGAAGGUUCUUAUAAUAAAAACUGUUUAAAAACA